AUGAAGCAAAUUCCUGACUUUGACGUGCUUUUAUUGGACAUUGAAGGUACUACAACAUCGAUAUGGUUCGUUAAAGUAAGUCUUGCUAUUUUUAUAGUUACAAUGUUUAGGACGUUCUAUUCCCUUAUGCUCGGGAUAAUGUCGAGAUGUAUUUGAGGACGUUUAACGACUUACCUGAAUUGCAACCGAUUUUGGAAGAACUUGUGAACACAUCUAACAAACUGGCUUUAGAAGAUGACAAUGUAUCGAAGGUGGAAAGUAUAAAUGACAUUGAUAACAUAGUGAAGAAUGUAAAGUAUUGGAUAGCGAAAGAUUUAAAGGUAUUUUGUUGUGGUUUUCUUGACUUAUGAUGUUGUAGUAGGUGAAGGAAAUAAUUUUCAUUGUUGGAAGUAAAAUAAUGUUGCUAAUUUACAGCUGAAGUCUUUGAAAGAUUUACAAGGAUACCUGUGGGUUCAUGGAUACAAAACUAAAGCAUUUAAAGCUCAGUAAGUUUUUUGAUCAAGUCGUGUUUUUACCUUAUCAUCUGGAAUUAAAGUGAAUAUAAUUAAUAUAAUCAUAACUUUUGAAGCGUGUACGAUGACACUCCGAAACUUUUUGAACUUGCCAAGAAUGCCGAUGUGCCAGUUAAUAUCUAUUCUUCCGGGUCUGUUUUUGCUCAGAAACUUUUAUUUGGAUUUUCAAAGAAAGGAGACCUAACACCUUACAUAAGUCAAUAUUUUGAUACUGCUGUCGGACCAAAAGUUGAAGCUCAAAGUUAUGUGAAUAUAGUAAGGCAACUGGGCGUGGCUGCUGAACGAGUUUUGUUUGUUACCGACGUGGAUAAAGGUAAAAUACGGGUUGUUUAGUUGGCGCUGGUUUAUAUCAAACAUAAUUUUUGAAGUUAAAAUGUACAUAACUGAUUGGCCGCUAACAUUAUUGUUUUAAAAUCGUUAUUAUAUUAUUCCUCAAUGUCUUACCUUCAAAUUGAUGUAUAAUUCAAUAUAUUUUAGAAGCCUUUGCGGCCAAAGAAGCAGGUUUAUCGGUGGUGAUAACAGUUCGCCGUGGGAAUGCUCCAUUGUCAGAUGAGGCGAAAGAAACGUUCAAAUUGAUUGCUAGUUUUGAUGAAAUACCUUUGUAA